AUGCUGGUGUCUGUCGAGCUGGAGCACCGAGAGGGCCUGGUGCUGCCCGCGCACAAGGGGGCGGCGCUGCGGUCCCUGGUCAGCAGCCUGCUGCUGCGCCUCGACGCGCUGCUGAGCGCGGGCCUGCUGACGGCGGAGCAGUUUGCGGUGCUGCGGAACAAGGCCUGGGCGCAGGACUUUGGGCUCAUACGCGCCUACGACUCGGUGCGUUGGGUGGCUGACGACCACGCGGUCGCGUCGCUGCUGCUCAGCCGCUUCAACUUCCUGCGGCGCCCGGGGCUGCACGUUGUGCACAUCGCGGCGGAGAUGGUGCCUGUGGCCAAGGUCGGCGGCCUGGGGGACGUGGUCACAGGGCUGGCCAAGGCGCACCAGCAGAGCGGGAUCCUGUGUGAGGUCGUGCUGCCCAAGUAUGACAUUUGUGACUACGCGGCCGUGAGCGAUCUGCGCAUGCUGCGCGUCAUCGACGUCGCGUAUGACGGCCGCAAAGUGCCAACGCGCGUGUGGAGCGCCGUGGUAGAGGGGCUGCCUGUGUACCUUCUAGAGCCAGAAAACGGCUUCUUCUGGCGGCGACGGUUUUACGGGGCCGCGGACGACCUGGAGCGCUUCAUGUUCUUCUCCCGCGCCGCCCUGGAGUGGCUGACCGUCAGCGGCAAGCAGCCCGACAUCAUACACCUCCAUGACUGGUCGAGCGCGGCGGUGGCGCCGCUGCUGGCCGAGGAGUACCGAGGCCGCGGGCUGUCGCGGCCGCGCUGCGUGUUCACCAUCCACAACAUCGUCGGCCUCGACCCCCAGCGCAUGGCCCAGCCGUGGCACAUGCUGGACGACAGCCGCCCCGGCUUCACGCCCGGCCAGCACGACUGCAGCCUGCUGCGCGGCGCAGUGGUGUUCAGCGACCGCACCACCACCGUCAGCCCCAGCUAUGCCCGGGAGGUUUUCACGCCCGAUUACGGCAUGGGGGCGCAGGCCAUCCUGUCACAGCACCAUUACAAGUUCAGCGGCGUCCUGAAUGGCAUCGACCAUGAGUCAUGGUGCCCCGAGCACGACCCCCUUCUGCCCGCCCGCUUCUCGGCAGCUUCGCCGAGCGGCAAGGAGACUUGCAAGCGGCGGUUGUUGGAGGAGCUCGGACUGCCAUACACAGAGCCGGACUGGGUGCUGCAGCAGCAGCGGCAUGGCUGGGGCCAGCAGCAUCAUCACCACCACCAGCAGCAGCAGCACGAAGGCAACGGGAAUGGGUCGGGCGGGCAGCUGCAGCUGCCAAAGGUGCAAACAGGGCGGCCGCUGCUGGUGGUGGUGUCCCGGCUGACCGUGCAAAAAGGGUUGCCGCUGAUCCUUCACGGCAUCAAGACGGCCAUCGCAAGGGGCGCACAGGUGAUUGUCCUGGGCACCGCGUCCGAGCCGGAGGUGCAGCGGCAGUGGGAGGACAUGGCGAGGGAUUACUGGCGCGGCGGCGACGCGCGGCUGGUGCUGCGCUACGACGAGGGCCUGGCCCACAGGAUCUACGCCGGGGCUGACAUGAUUCUGAUCCCCUCAUUCUUUGAGCCCUGCGGACUCACCCAGCUCAUCGCCCUGCGCUAUGGCACCAUCCCCAUCGUCAACCACACUGGCGGGCUGGCGGACACGGUGCGUGACGUAGCCGACAACCACGUGCCUGAGCACGAGCGCAACGGGUUCGUCUUCAGCGGGCGCGAGGAGCACCGCGUGGAGGCGGCCGUCCACCGCGCCCUGGACGCCUACUACACCGGCCACGACUGGUGGCGCAGGGAGCUGGUGCCCCGCGCGAUGCAGCAGGACUGGAGCUGGUCGCGCUCCGCCCAGUCGUACCUGGACCUGUACCGCAGCUGCCUGGGUUAG